AUGGCCACUUUGCAGAGAAAAUGGAACGUUUUCAGCCUUCGGCUGUUCGGUGGACGGAUUGUGGUGAUUAAUGGCUACAAGCUUGUAAGAGAGGCCCUGGUCCACAAAGGAGAGGACUACAUAGAUCGCCCCAUCAUACCAAUGGCAGAAGCAUUAAAUGGGAACAGAGGUCUGGUGAUAUCAAAUGGCAAUCCAUGGAAGCAGCAGAGGAGAUUCGCUCUUCAGACACUCAGAAACUUUGGUGUGGGCAAGAAGAGCCUGGAGCCAUCCAUCCAGCAGGAGUGCCAAUAUCUCACUGAAGCUUUUGCCCUUCAGCAAGGCAAGCCUUUUGAUGCCCAAUCACUGAUUACCAGUGCUGUGUCCAACAUCAUCUGCUGCCUGGUGUUUGGUGAUCGCUUUGAAUACACUGACAAGCAGUACCAGGGUAUUCUUCAGAAGUUGAAUGAUAAUGUACUUACAGGGAAGUUUUGGACACAGGUUUAUAACACAUAUCCCUGGCUGAUGAAGUGGGUGCCCGGACCUCACCAGAGGAUAUUCACUCUGACACAAAACUUAGAUGACUUUGUAGAGAUCAAGAUUAAAGAACACAGAGAAAGCCUUGACCCGUCCUCACCGAGAGACUACAUCGACUGCUUCCUCACAGAGAUGGGAGAGAAGGAGGACACAGAUUCUGGUUUUGAUUUAAAAAAUCUGGCUGUUUGCACUCUGGACCUGUUUGCUGCUGGAACUGAAACUACUACCACAACUUUACACUGGGGACUGCUAUUCAUGAUGUACUACCCUGACAUACAAGAGAGAGUCCAGGCUGAGAUAGAAUCUGUCGUUGGUUCAUCCAGACUGCCCUCUGUGACUGACAGAGAAAACAUGCCCUAUACUGAUGCAGUCAUCCAUGAAAUCCAGAGAAUGGGCAACAUCGCCCCCCUCAAUUUGGUCCGCAUGGCAAACAAGGACACCGUGCUUGACAAGUACACAAUCCCAAAGGGCACCGCUAUCUUGACCACGCUGAACUCAGUUCUACAUGAUGAGUCGAUGUGGGAAACUCCACACACCUUCAACCCUCAACAUUUUCUGGACCAGGACGGCAAAUUUAGGAAGAGAGAGGCCUUCCUUCCUUUUUCAGCAGGUAAGCGUGUGUGUCUUGGGGAGCAGCUGGCCAGGAUGGAGUUAUUCCUCUUCUUUACCUCCCUCCUUCAGAGGUUUUCUUUCUCGGCAUGCGCUGGAGAGCAGCCCAGUCUGGAGUUCAAGUUGGGAGCCACUCGCUGUCCCAAACCUUACCGCGUCUGUGCCGUACCACGAUAAACCACCAACUGAACCGCAGCGUUCCACUACAUUUGUCUUGUGAAGCAUCAAGAAUAUCUGCUAUUUUGUUCUUUUACUAUAUUGUUACUAAAACAUCAUUUCAACAAUUGAAAAUAUUUUUUAUCUUCUCAAUCAAUAGAUCUUUUCAAUAAACCUUUUUAUUGUAUUAAUCUAUUCAAUAUGCAAUAAAUAUGCUUUCCAGUUUUGUUUUUAAAUAACUGGAAACAAUAUUCCCACA